AUGUCGUCCCCCCUCCCCGCCUCCUCCUCAGUCCCCCCCUCCCCGCCUCCUCCUCAGUCCCCCCCUCCCCGCCUCCUCCUCAGUCCCCCCCUCCCCGCCUCCUCCUCAGUCCCCCCCUCCCCGCCUCCUCCUCAGUCCCCCCUCCCCGCCUCCUCCUCAGUCCCCCCCUCCCCGCCUCCUCCUCAGUCCCCCCCUCCCCGCCGCCUCCUCAGUCCCCCCUCCCCGCCUCCUCCUCAGUCCCCUCCUAUCCGCCUCCUCCUCAGUCCCCCCACCUUCCGCCUCAUUCCCUCCUCCUCCUUCAUCCUCAGUCCCCCGUCCUCCAUCCUCCUCAGUCCCCCCUCCUCAUUCCCCCACCUUCCUCCUCAGUUCCCCCCACCUUCCUCCUUAGUUCCCCCACCAUCCCCCUCAGUUCCCCCCACCUUCCUCCUUAGUUCCCCCACCUUCCUCCUCAGUUCCCCCACCAUCCUCCUUAGUUCCCCCACCUUCCUCCUCAGUUCCCCCUACCUUCCUCCUCUGUUCCCCCCACCUUCCUCCUCAGUUCCCCCCACCUUCCUCCUUAGUUCCCCCACCUUCCUCCUCAGUUCCCCCUACCUUCCUCCUCUGUUCCCCCCACCUUCCUCCUCAGUUCCCCCACCUUCCUCCUUAGUUCCCCCACCAUCCUCCUCAGUUCCCCCCACCUUCCUCCUUAGUUCCCCCCUACCUUCCUCCUCAGUUCCCCCCACCUUCCUCCUCUGUUCCCCCACCUUCCUCCUCUGUUCCCCCCCACCUUCCUCCUUAGUUCCCCCACCAUCCUCCUCAGUUCCCCCACCUUCCUCCUCAGUUCCCCCACCUUUCUCCUCAGUUCCCCCACCUUCCUCCUCAGUUCCCCCCACCUUCCUCCUUAGUUCCCCCACCUUCCUCCUCUGUUCCCCCCACCUUCCUCCUCAGUUCCCCCCACCUUCCUCCUUAGUUCCCCCACCUUCCUCCUCUGUUCCCCCUACCUUCCUCCUCUGUUCCCCCCACCAUCCUCCUCAGUUCCCCCACCUUCCUCCUCAGUUCCCCCCUACCUUCCUCCUUAGUUCCCCCACCUUCCUCCUCUGUUCCCCCCACCUUCCUCCUCAGUUCCCCCACCUUCCUCCUCAGUUCCCCCCACCUUCCUCCUUAGUUCCCCCACCUUCCUCCUCUGUUCCCCCCACCUUCCUCCUCAGUUCCCCCCACCUUCCUCCUUAG